UACCUGAAAUAUAUGAAGAACUUAAUAACAAAAAAGCAAUCUGAUUUAAAAGGCAUUCCUUUAAGGAAACUGUCAACAAACCUAUACAAAGGAAUUCGACCUCACUAAUCUCACGGCAGUACAAGGGAAAAUGUUGGUCGAGGAGCAAAAAAUUUCAGUUAGGAGAAAGGAGUUCAGGAGAUGCAUUAUACAAUUGGGUGACUACAUUAAUGACAACGCAUGUUUUGCUUGAAAACUGCUGAGUGCAAUGUAAAUGUUCUCACCACAGAAAUAUGUGAGAGAAGUGUGUGUUAAUUAGCUGGACUUGCUCAUUCCAUUGUGUGUGCGUAAUGAAACGCCAUAGUGUGUGUGUGUGUGUGUGUGUAAUUUCAAUCUGUCAUUUAAAUGUGGGCUUUACAUAUUAAGGGUUUUCAAUAAAUAUGUAGGAACCCACACUAAGAGAAUAGUUAGUUACCUUUCAAUGAUUUUCAACUGAGCUAAAUAAACCACAAAAGAAAGAUGAAAUUGCUCCUCCCAAGUUGGCUUCAAAUUCUGUGAGGUCAGGAAAUACGGUGAUGUCCUUCCAAACUCCCACAAAACAUACCAGCAAUUAGGGGCGUGUUCCUAAUUACCAAUGGAUGAGAGGAGAGGACAACUAUGCUCUCUCAUAAGUGUCAACAAAGUAUGUUGCAGGUGUCAGCGGAAUGGAAGCUAAUUUCCCAUCGGGAAUGGUGACGAGGAAUUCAGAACCAACCGCAGCCUAGUGACUGAAGGACCAAGUGGGAAGGAAACGUGUAGCUGUUGCUCUUCCCGACCAACGUAAGAAGAAUGGAAACAUCAAAGUCCCCAAACCUUCAAAACCUGUCUUGGCGUAAUAACCCCCAAACCCCUGAUACCAAAUCCCUGCUCUGAGAUCGAGCCACAAGCGUUAUCAGCCUCGGCUGGAAGUAACCUAUGACUCACUGGUAAUUUUAAAUUGUAAUAAUGAGCCUGACAUUGCUCCACCCGGAUCCAUUUCUCAGAUAAACACUAACCUAGGGGCAACUGCCCUUCUACAGAAACGAGCCCAACGAUGUUAGUUACUAAUUAGAAAAAAUCAUCCAAUUACGCUAACUUGCUGAGGCUGGCAAGCCGGGCUUUACCCUAUGUAGGCAGAAUUUCAUAGAACACCCUAGAGAAUUGUCUAUAAAAAGGCAAACAAAACCAUCGGGGGCAGAAGGCACUCUAUUCUGACUUUCAAGGACACAGUCCUGCGACACGCUUGCCCUGAAAUCAUGUCUCUUCGCCUCUCCAGUGGAUCCAAGAGGUCCUAUGCUCGUCCCAGCACAGGAUCGCUCAGGGGCGCCAGCUUUGGUGCUGCAAAUGCUUGUGGCGUAGCAGGCAUUGGAAGUGGCUUCUCCUGCGCCUUUGGGAGCAGCUCCACAGGAGGAAACACGGGUGUGGCCAACUCCUGUGCUGGCUUCACUGUGAAUGAGGGGGGCCUCCUCUCCGGCAAUGAGAAGGUGACCAUGCAGAACCUCAAUGACCGCCUGGCCUCCUACCUGGAUAAUGUACAAGCACUUCAGGAGGCCAACGCUGACCUGGAGCAGAAGAUCAAGGGCUGGUAUGAAAAAUUUGGACCUGGGUCAUGCCGCGGUCUCGAUCAUGACUACAGUAGAUACUUCCCCAUCAUUGAUGAUCUUAAAAACCAGAUCAUCACUUCCACCACCAGCAAUGCCAAUGCCGUUCUGCAGAUUGACAAUGCCAGGCUCACGGCUGAUGACUUCAGACUCAAGUACGAAAACGAGCUGGCCCUCCACCAGAGCGUAGAGGCUGACGUGAACGGGCUGCGCAGGGUUCUGGAUGAAAUCACCCUGUGCCGCACUGACCUGGAGAUUCAGUACGAAACCCUGAGUGAGGAACUGACUUACCUCAAGAAGAACCACAAAGAGGAAAUGCAGGCUCUGCAGUGCGCAGCCGGAGGUAAUGUGAAUGUGGAGAUGAACGCAGCCCCCGGCGUGGACCUCACCGUCCUGCUGAACAACAUGCGAGCCGAGUACGAGGCCCUGGCUGAGCAGAACCGCAGGGACGCCGAGGCCUGGUUCCAAGAGAAGGUAACUCUCGCCGGACAAUGCUGCCCCUCUGUGUUUUGUGCUGUUCCCCAAACUAAACUCUGCCCCUCUUGGAUAUCACUUCAGAGCGCUUCGCUGCAGCAGCAGAUCACCGAGGACGUGGGCGCCACCACCUCAGCCAGGAAUGAGCUGACGGAAAUGAAACGUACGCUCCAAACCUUGGAGAUUGAACUACAGUCUCUCCUGGCCACGAAACACUCUCUGGAGUGCUCCCUGACGGAGACCGAGGGCAACUACUGCACGCAGCUGGCUCAGAUCCAGGCUCAGAUCAGCGCCCUGGAGGAGCAGCUGCACCAGGUGAGGACGGAGACCGAGGGCCAGAAGCUGGAAUAUGAGCAGCUGCUGAACGUCAAGGCCCACCUGGAGAAGGAGAUCGAGACCUACUGCCUCCUCAUAGGAGGAGACGAGGGGGCCUGUAAGUCUUCGAGUUACAAGUCUAAAGAUUACACCUCUGGAAACGCGGGAAACCAAAGCAAAGAUUCCCCCAAAGCCAUAGUGGUUAAGAAAGUCCUAGAGGAGGUGGACCAACGCAGCAAGAUUCUAACCACUAGGCUCCACUCCCUGGAAGAGAAAUCUCAAAGCAAUUAGCAAAGAUCAUGAGCAAACAAAGAAGAAAAAAAGCUUCAGAGAAGACAAGGCGUGAAAUGCGUCUGGGAAAUGAGCAAGCCUAUGGGAAAAAAAAAAAAAAAAAGAAAUGUCUGUCCUGUUGUCUUCUGUUCCUUUCUCCUUCUGAGCCAGCAGCAGCAGCAGCAGCAGCAGCAGAACUCCCCAUCCAUCUGGUGGGAUGUUGCUUGCAAAUGAACGCCAGGGCUCACCCGAUUACCCUACAGCCAUCUGUUAGCUGUUCCUUCCAGUCAAUAAACCUCCCUUGAGCAACUUA